GGUCAGUGGAACUAAAUAGUUUAAGCACUCAUAACGUUCUUUAAAAAUAAUUCACUAUGAAGGUUUUAAUAGGUUUGUGUGUUUUGGUGUUCGUCGCCGUAUCUUAUAGCAAGCCUCAUAGCUCUAGAGGUUGUUUGUAUAUUUUGGGUAAUUGUUACAAGGAGUGUGAAGAAGGCACACACGCGUACACCACUGGCUGCGGCCCCAAGACUCCUGAAGCCACCUGCGACAACCCAACUCCUCAGGCAGAGAAGGCCAUCAUCUGUGACUAUUCAGCUUGCUACUGUGACCCUCCCACAGUCAGGGAUACUGCCAGCGGCAAAUGUGUGCGUCGGGAAGAGUGCCCUAAAAAGGCGUAAUAAACCGCCUUUUGGCGAGGUCGCCUCGAUUUGAGUCUAAAGUGUGUAUUGAAAGACUCGAGUUAUAUGUAAG